AUGGCCGAAAGAAAGAGAACCUUCACUGCUACAAACAUCUCUUCCAGUACUGAUUUGCCCCAAGGUUUACAGAUACCUGGUACAAAUGCCAUUUCUCUCACAUCCAACAUUGCAUCGACAAACAUUGCACCAUCGACGCAGGUCAUUGCAGACAGUGCUGAAGAUGUUAAUUUUGUAAUAAGCCACUUGGAAGCGCCAUCUGAUAAUGUCCCAACAUAUGUUUCAAGACAGUACAAUAAUGAUUCCAUUGUUGGCAAUGAAAUUCAAGCUUACGCUAAAAUUGCUGGUUGUAAUUGGACUUACUACGUGAAAACACUCAAGGUCACUAUUGGAAGAAACACAGAGUUUCAUCUACAUAACAACGAUCCUACUAAUCCAGAUUUGAUUGACAUAGAUUUGGGCCCUUCAAAAGUCGUAUCAAGGAAGCAUGCAUCUAUUGUCUUCAAUAUGGAUUCCAGGAAAUGGCAACUCUUUGUACAUGGUAGAAACGGAUUGAAAGUUAAUGGUGUACGAUUGAAUCUUUCGGUAAAUACCCCUUGUGAUUUAAACUCGGGCAAUAUAAUAGAUAUUGGAGGCACUCAAAUGAUGUUUAUUUUGCCAGAUUCAGCUCCUAUAAUUCCAAAUAACUUUCGUCAGUUGUUGAGUAAUAAAAGGUCAAAGUUGAAUAGCGGUUUGAAAUACUCGACCUCUGAUUCUGGGUCCAAGUCUGACUCGACUAACCAAGUUAAGGCAUUUCAACUACAAGAGGGUAUUUCCAACAAGACGAGUACACCAAUAGAACAAGAUUAUUCUAAGGAUGAUGCCAAAGAUUUAAAACCUCCAUACUCUUAUGCAACCAUGAUUACACAAGCCAUAUUAUCUAAUCCUCAGGGGGUACUAUCUUUGUCAGAGAUAUACGAUUGGAUAUCGAGCCAUUUUGCUUAUUACAGACAUACUAAACAAGGAUGGCAAAAUUCGAUUAGACACAAUUUGUCGUUGAACAAAGCUUUUGAAAAAGUUCCUAGAAAACCAAACGAACCAGGUAAAGGUAUGAAGUGGCAGAUCAGUGAGUCCUACCGAAACGAAUUCUUAAAAAAAUGGGAAGACGGGAGUUUGAAUAAAGUUAGAAGAGGAACUAGCGUUUCAAGACAACUCCAAUUGCAUCUUAUAAAGAACAAUGCCUUACCGAAGGGAAGGUCUCCAACGUUGAACGAGGGUAAUCUUCCACUAAAUACCAUGAGUAUUUCGCAUCAACAAACGCCUUCAAUUCAUAGCAAUACCAUGAGUUCUAAUCAUUCUCAUUUAUCCGGUGCAUUGAAUAAUAGUGCAUAUUCAAUUCCGAAUCUGUCACCAAAUAAAACAUCAGACAUAGGCCUUCUAGCGACGAAAAACAAUUCUAAUUCCACACUACCAUCACCAAUCAAAAAUAUGAGUAUUGCAGAGAUUAACUAUUUAAAUAACGACUCUAAGUUAUCUAGUGGUUUGGUCAGUAGUAUUAAUAACACAACAACAUCUGACCAAAUCAUGCGGAGUAUAUCUGUCGGAGAUAAGCCUGAACACCAACUUCAAAGUUUGACAAGUAAAGACAAGGGGAAUGGUUCUGGGAUCGAAAGAAAUAACCAAUAUACCCUCCCACCAUUCAAGGAGCCAAAUGACAAUUUGUUAACAUCUCCGAAAAAAAUUUUCAACAGAAUUGACAUGAUGACUCCUGAGAGGAAUGUUCAAAGACCGCUACUUGAACCAUCUUCCGCACAGUCUGUGAACUCAUCUCCUGCUAUAUGGAAUUAUGUUCAGUUUUCAACACCCCUAGGUCCUAAUAAUAACAAUGUUAGUAACAACCAGCAAAAUAUAGCUGAAAAUGAUAAGGUUGCAAAAAUCGAAAUUGAAAGUCCGUUGAAGAACAGAAAAGGGGUUGAAAAAUUACCAGAUAUCAAAGAUAUCGAAUUGACAAAAGAAUUCAAGCAGCUUUAA